AUGGGAUUCUCCCCUCCUCAGCAACCAGAUAUUCAACUAGACAUGUUGUUGAUGGAAGAUGCAGUUCAUCCGAGCGAGAUAGCCUUCAGGGCAACAUAUGAGAGAGGAUACAGAACAUGGUCUGCACUUUGGGACAGAGCCGUGGCGGAUAACACCUCGAACCUCCCACACGAGUGCGUCAACGACGUUUAUUUGGCAUUGCCCAACCAUCCAUACUUCCCGGGAAGUCUUACUCUGGACAAGUCUUUCUCAAACACGGUCACCGCAAGCGGUAAAACUACGUGGACAACCACCCAAGGGCUCUGCGAUCUCCUGCCAUUUCAGGAAGAUGUGGUUUUUCAGGUGGCUUCAAACUCCGCAACGACGAUUGUCUUCGUUUCCGACUCACAUCCGGGAAUAGGGGCUGCGGAUUAUCUUAACACCAAGAGCAACCACGUUCCCGUGCUUACGUUGGCUUGGGCGUAUAUACUCUCCGCUAGAUGGGCAGAACUUAUUCCUGGAGCACAUGGGCCUACGUAUAACAACACGGAUCAGCUAAACGGCGGAAGUACAUCGAGGGGACCUGAAGGCAACGAUGCUCCUAUUGUAGUAGAUGUAGGGGAUGUGGAUGGUGAUGCUGCUCGGUGGUGGACAGCCGUCCUGUCAACAGGUGCUGGUUGGACCGCCUCAAUCAGAAACAAUAAAGGUUUCCCUCUCUACGCACCAUGGGCCGUCAGAAUCCAGCCUCACCCAACUUUCCUCAUCUCGGCAAACACCCGGCCUCCCUCACGCACCACCGAUUUUCGCCCUGCGUCCUUCAGCACUGCUCUCCACUACCUGUCGGAGUAUUGUGCUCUCCAUGAUGUCGCAGACCAGAGCCAAGCAGCCCUCGCGGCGGCUUUACUUAUCCCAGUGGCAAAGCUGGACGGAAGAAGUAUCAAACUACCUAUCCCGCGACUGCAACCCAAGUCGCCAAAUAGGCAGCAGAGAAAACAGGCAACUUCGGCUUGGGGCGGGGAACUCCGUCAACUAGAUCGACUCCUCACUCUAAGCUGCAACUCGCGAGCCAUGAAAAGCCUCUUGAACAGCGUCUUCUUCGAUCCCGACGUGGACUGUAAUGUCUGUGGAGCUUGGUUACAAGGCUCAUUCGCAUUCCUCGACUCCGAUAAAGCCAGUGACCCGCACCUGCGCUUGCGGACAUUGAUAAGCAGAGAUCCGGCCUUGGGAUUUCUCUGGCUUGGUGCCUUCAUCACAGGCGCUGACGCCCGCUGUCUCCGAGAAGCCCGAGCUGGGUGGUGGAAAGUCGAUCUUAGCGCCGCUGCUUGGACCGGAACACAUGUAUCCUUUAUUCAAGGAUUCGUCGCAAAAGCUGCCUCUGUUCCCCAACAGAUUUCGCGGGCUGACGAAUGCCGGCUGAUGUAUCUGUCCCACGAACGAGACCACGCUAUUCCACCGCUAUUUCCAUUUGCUCCGUUCGGCUGUACUGCUUUGGAGGACACGGACCUUGAUGUUCGUCGGCACGUUUUGUGCUCGGCAUCUCAUGGCCUCGUAUACGGCGGUUUUACUUGGAACUGCGACAGUGACGGGAGUUUAGAUGAGAAAGGGAACGAGGUACUGCCAGCUACUCUUCGUCAUAAGGCUGGGGAUUCGGCUCAGUGGAACAGCGCUGCUGUUAUUUAUGAUGACGUGGAUAUGGAGGAUGACGUCUCGGAAAUGAUAACUAGAAAUGUUUUUACCUGGCUUCGGGGUUGUGACGGUUUCCCCGUGGCAGAAAGGGAAAUCCGAAAGCAUGAGUGGAUUGAGGAUUUGGAAUCGGAUGAUGACAGCCCAAUAGAAGGCGACGUUCGGCCUACAGCUGGAGGGAAUAUUGGUGGGUGGUUAUUAGGGUUGUCGGCUAAGAAGGCAUAUUCAUUGUAG